AUGGGUGGAUAUCAGGUGGAGGAGGUGGAGCACCUGAAGGAAGGUGCAGCACCUGGUCUGGGCUGGGAAGAGAAACAGGAGCAUUGGGAUGUGCAGGUCCAGGGUGAGAAAACAGGUGACCUGGGCUUUGCUUCCAGCAAUUGCUCUGUCAAAAGGUGGGUAUUUGUAUUCAGGUGUACAAACAUGAUUCCAGAAGCUCUGAAUUUGGGGCAAACCAGGUUCAGCUUACAUGAGCCCCGAGCCGCUGACCACUCAAACCAAACCGAGCCCCUACAGAAAGGUGAACAUCUUCAUCCAUUUCUAAGGAAAAGCCAACUGACAAACAGUAUUGGGUACAACAUGCUCCUGGAUGAAGAAAGAAAUACGAUACAGUAUGAUAUCCACAACCUUAUGAGAUUUCCCAAUCACAGUUGGAUGUUGGUUAAAGUAGGAGACUUUAUCCACAGGAAUUCCCAGGAUCAAGGUUUGGUCAUCAAAGAAGAGAUGAUAAACUGGUCUAUUAGUUUCAAAGAGACUCCUAAGUCAGUGUGUAGUCACAGCUGUGUCCCUGGAUUCCAGAAAAUUCCCCAAGAAGGAAGAUCUUUUUGUUGCUUUAUUUGUGCUUCUUGCCCAGAUUCAGCUAUUUCAAAUCAAACAAAUGUAAAGCAGUGUAUCCAGUGUCCUUUUCAAGAGUAUCCAAACAGUGAGAGAACUCACUGCCUUCCAAAGACUGUGAUAUUCCUGACUUUUGAGGAUGCUUUGGGGACAGCUAUGGCCUGCAUAGUUCUAUGCUUCUUUGUUCUCACAGCUGUAGUUUUGGGGGUCUUUGUCAAGGCCAACAACCAGGCUCUCAGCUUCUUUCUGCUCAUCUUCCCCCUGCCAUGCUUCCUCUGCUCCUUGCUCUUCAUUGGCUAUCCUAAUGCAUCCACCUGUGUCCUCCAAGUUGCUUUGGCCCUUGUGUUCACUGUGGCAUCCACCACUUUGGCCAAAACCAUUAGUGUGAUUCUGGCAUUCAAGGCCAUAAAGCCUGGAAGAACCAUGAUGUACUUGCUCCUCUCAGGUGCUUCCAACUCUGUCAUUCCCAUUUGCUCUAUAUUCCAAAUGAUUAUCUGUGGAAUCUGGCUGGGAACCUCUCCCCCUUUUGUUGACAUAGACUCAUGUUCUGAGCCCAAAAACCUCAUAAUCAUGUGCAACAAGGGCUCAGUCACUGCCUUCUACUGUGUCCUGGGUUACCUGGGCUUCUUGGCUCUGGGGAGCUUUACUGUGGCUUUCCUGGCCAGGAACCUGCCUGACACAUUCAAUGAAGCCAAGUUCCCCACAUUCAGCAUGCUGGUGUUCUGCAGUGUCUGGGUCACAUUUGUCCCUGUCUAUCACAGCACCAAGGGCAAGUUCAUGGUGGCCGUGGAGGUCUUCUCCAUCUUGGCCUCCAGUGCAGGGCUCCUAGGCUGCAUCUUUAUGCCCAAGUGCUACAUUAUUUUGAUAAGACCCAAUGAGAACUCCUGGAAAGCUUUAAAAACCAGAAGGGGUUCCAAAUUAAACAGGCAUUCUAAGGGUUUAUCUCAUAAGCCUGUAUCACUAUUUUAG